AUGAUUUCAACACCUUUUACCGCAUCACCUGCUGCACCACCAGCCACGAGUCGAGUGUACACUCUUGAUCGCCAGCCGUCGGACAGAGCUCCAAACCUUGUGAGAGGUACUGUUUCCAUUAGUGGUUGUGACAUAGAUGUGUUAUUUGAUUCCGGGGCUACGCACUCUUUCAUCGUGAACCUGAUUGUUGUGGCACAUAGGUUGUCCAUUUUUGUGCUUUCCCCACCUUUGCGGGUUACUACAGCCACCGGGGAGAAGUGUGAUACUUCAUCUGUACACCGUGAUGUUGUGUUUCAGUGGGAUUACCGUGAGUACUCAGUAGAACUGAUUGGUUUACCUAUGGCUAAUUUGGAGAUCAUCCAUGGCAUAGAUUGGUUGUCCAGAAACUGUGUGAUGAUUGAUUGUUGUGCAAAGAAAGUGAUGAUGUCUCCUUGUGAUUCCUCUACUAGUUCUUCUCCUUUUUAUCAGUGA